GGCUUUAGCAUGACGUCACAGGUAAAAUGGCUGCCUAGAGACGGGGAAGCUAUCGCUUGGUUACGCAUUAGCGCAUCGUUAAUUGGACUUUUGACAUGUUCAUUUCAAUCGAUUAUAUUCAAUCAGGUUGUCGUGAAAAUUGUUAAUAACAUAUUAAUUAUGUCUUUUAAUUAUUUUGAUGAACUUGAUCCGGCAGCAAAAGCCAGAUAUGUUUCUAAAUUGAAUUUAAUUGGAUUAGAUGAAUGUCUAUAUAAGCUUCCAGCAGGUGUUUGGAAAAAUGAUCCUUCGAAGUGGCCGUCGGUUGAAUAUGGUGAUAUUCAUAACUAUUUGAUUGAAACACCAGGUGUGUACACUAGGGAAAGUAUGAAAAACUACAAGAGCUUAGAAGCACAUAAUUACUUCAGAUCUGGCUGGGUUGAAACUGUAUUCAUGUACAAGCCAAGUGACAGUCAAUAUACCCUUAUGAAAGCCUCUGUCAAACCUUCUCAAAAAUUAAAUGAUGACCACUAUUGUCCUUGGAUUGCUGUUACCAACUGUGGGCAAAUAUCUGCUGCUCAUUGUAACUGUAUGGCUGGGUAUGAAUGAGCACUUGUUUAAUCACUUUUUUUAUACAACAUUUAAAAUAAACCACCAACUUCUUUAUAGUUAAUAU